UAUUCCAGUUCGGCUGAGACUUUCGAAGUAAGAAGUCGUACUUUCUUUUGCUUCCAGCGAGAUCAGACGGACACAAAUAUUACGUCAUGGCGGAGGAGACAUACAAGGGCACCAUUGUCCCCAAGGCAGACUUCGACAUCGAGCUGGCAUGCAAGCAGUUCAAGAAAGCCAUGAAAGGCAUCGGGACAGACGAGAACGCCAUCAUCAGGCUCCUGGUCAGCCACAACAACCUUCAGAGGACGGAAAUUCAGGAGAAGUACAAGGAGAUGUUUGGCCAGGACUUACUGGACGACCUAAAAGACGAACUCGGCGGUCACUUCGAAGAGGCAGUCGUAGCCAUGAUGAUCUCACCCAAUGAAUUCCUUACCUCGAGUCUCAAAGAUGCCUUUGACGGGGUUGGAACUGACGAAAAUGUGUUGGUGGACAUCCUCUGCUGCAAGACACCCGAAGAACUGCAAAGUCUCUGCUAUUACUACGAGGAAGCCCACGGCAGGAGCCUGGAUGACGACCUGGAGUCUGAGUUAAGUGGAGAUUUCCAGAGUCUCAUGAGGAGUCUCGUGGCCGCAGGAAGGGACGAGGACCAGACGAAAGAUGCUGUCAGCGCUCGUAAGGAUGCUCAGGACUUAUAUGAUGCAGGGAUUGGUCUGAACAGUGAAUCUGAGGUUUCGGAAUUUAUUAAUAUACUGAACACCAGGAGUUACCCUCAGCUGCAAGAAAUUUUCUUGGCGUACGAGAACAUCUCCCAGGACUCAAUUGAAAAUGCCAUAUCCUCUGAAUUCGAAGGGGAUAUGAAAAAUGGCCUGCUUGCAAUAGUCCAGCGAGUUAAGGAUCCUUUGGCCUUCUACGCAACUCGAAUCCAACAGGCUCUGGACGGAGCUGGGACUGAUGACAAGACACUUAUUCGAAUCCUUGUGACACGGUCAGAGAUUGACUUAGCUGACAUCCGCAAGAAGUAUAACGAACUUUUUGACAUAGAUAUGGCUGAAGCCAUCAAGGAAGACACAGGCGGUGAUUAUGGUAAGCUACUUGUUGCCAUCGUCAACAAUAAUAGUUAGAACACCUACGUACACAUAAUCAACUGACAACAUGCAACGGUAUUCUUUGCCUGUAAGAAAUGGCACUUGUAAUAUCAUGAACUUUGAAAAUGGCAUUGAUAUGAACUUUAAAACAGGCAGUCCAAACACUUGUAUGAUAAUCAUUAUGUUAUCAGAUAUUGUUUUCUUCUCUGGGAAUAUUGAUGCCAAAUAACUUUUGGAGUUUUUGGUCAGCCUACCAGGAAAGUGGUAUGAGCAAAAUACUUGAGAAAUGGAGGGCUUAAUAGUAAAUCUGCUUAAGUAAAUUAAAAUCUAACUCAACGCAAUAAUUAUGUACGAGACUUUGUCCUGUUGGCUGCUAAGACAUUCAGUUAAUCUCAGUAAAUAAUCUUCAAUAUAUUCAUCAUAUUGUUGCAAAGUAAAGUGUAAAGCAUUAUAACUAUAAGACUUUCUUAAAUCAGUGGAAAAUAUCAAUGGUUGUUGUCGAGAUCAAUAUCAGUAGUAGUCAAAAUGUUUUUUCAAAAGGAAAAGGAAACCGUGUGAAAAUCUGGACAAAAAUCUUAAAAAUGUACAUCCAUUAGCCAGUAAGUUAUGAGUAGUUUCAGUAAAAUCUAAUUUUAAUGAUGCAGAAAAAGUUCGCUUAUGACAUACAGGCUUGAAAGUUUUAUUAUGAAAUCAGGUUUAUAAUGUACUAUUUUGUACAUCCUGGUGAUAGUUUUAUUAGUAAAAAAAUAACCUGUUGUAACAAAGAGAUUGUUAAACAAUCAUCAAACAACUGUUGUCUCAGUGAAGCAGAUUAAAGUACUGUGUUACUUUCUUAUUUAAAGGUAUAAAUAUAGAUAAAACAACUUUAAUUUUGUUUGAAAACAUUAAGAUAACUAAUCUAGUUCUCAAGCUAGCAAUGACUCAUUGAAAUAUACUAUUAGAAUUAUUGAUACACCUAGAAGGAUUGAUACUCUUAUCGUCUGGAUUUCAUUCCGUUUCAAAACAAGGGAGGUAAUCUAAUAAUUUCAAGUAUCUCCUUUUAUAACAAAUGAUGACUAACAAAUUGGAGACGACAGUCCCCUGGAAUCCGCUAUAAACGAUCUUAGUGUAUUUUACAAAUGCACAUUCCAUCAAAUGUCAAUUUUCACAUGAACUUCAGCCAUGCUAUUUUCUAUUCUAACAACCACCUUCUCCACCAUACAAAAUCAUACAUGGUGAACUGUAAUACCCUUAAUUAUUUAUAAAUAUACAUAAUCAAAUAUGGAUAAAUAUCCAUUUGGUACUUUUUUGUUGUUUACAACUGUUUGUGUGAAACAAUUAAGCCACAUUAUGGUCAAAGCAGCUUCAAGAUUUAUUUUUGCUUUUGAAUAUUCAUUCAUAAGAAAAGGUUCCCCAAUGGAAAGAUGCAUACAUAUACAUAUGAGUCCUUUAAACCACAUACCCUGUGAGAGGGUACAUGUUAUGAAUUUAUGGUACCUUAAUUAAUCAUGCUUGCCACUUUUUUUUAUUUUUUCAUGGUAGAAAGAGGGUACAUUUUAACCCCAAAGGCAUUAUUGAAAUACUGAAAGCUGAACAUAAAGAAUAUAACAAUUCUGAACAUCAUGUAAUAGUUAGGUACCUAAUGAUAAGAAGCAAAAGUUAGUUUCAAAUUAAAAAGAUUUCAGCUCUUAAUUUAAGUGAGCAACUGUUAAUCUUUUUUUAGAAGACCUUAGUUGCAAUAGUGUAGAUAUAUGGAAAGACACGUUCACAGCCAUGCUAUUUCGACCUGCAAAUCUCGAUUGCCAAAAGCUGCAACAUAAGUGUAAUUAGUGUCAGCAAUUCAAAUGGAAUAUGUAGUAUUCACUAAAAUAUCCAUCCUGUCUUCUUCCUUAUCAAGUGCCUUUUAGAUAUAUUUGUACUGUUAGGAUGUAAACAAAUUCAUAAAUUGUAAAAAUGGGAAUGAAGACAUAUUAUGUACCUUCAGAAUCAUUCAAGAUUACCAAAGGGACACACAAUGACUAGAUAGUGUGGCAUAUUGCUUCUCAUUUUCUAUUUUAUUGCUUCCUUUAUUUUGGUAAACGCUGGCAUAUCAGAGUACAUGUUAAGCACUGAGGACUUGCACUGUAUUUUCUUGGGAAUUAAAACAAUAAAGUGAUAAGAACAGA